CGUUCUGCUCAAGACGAGAAGCUAAUCGAAGCCAUCUUCCAAACGAACCUACCCUCUGUUGAUGGGCAAACAGUCUACGGAUCAACACAACGCAAUCUGAUCGUAGACGCACGUCCGACUAUAAAUAUCAUUGCCAGCAGAGCAAUGGGCGCAGGAACAGAGUGUAUGGAGAAUUAUAAAAGUUGGCAGAAACUACAGAUGGGAAUCGAUAAUAUUCAUGUGAUGAGAGAAUCUUUGGCGAAGAUGGUUGAUGCAAUCCAAUCAUCCGAUAUCCAGCGAAUUCCAAUAAAACAUUCGCUCUUGGACAAAUCCAACUGGCUCAAACACAUAAGUACCCUCCUUGAGGCUACAGGGAUCAUCGUUAAUCAUAUCCACCUGUUUAACUCGCACGUACUAGUCCAUUGCUCAGACGGAUGGGAUCGUACGGCACAAUUGACAUCCAUAGCUGAACUCUGUCUCGACCCUUACUAUCGCACACUUCGCGGGUUUCAGGUACUCGUCGAAAAAGACUGGAUAUCGUUUGGCCACAAGUUUAGUGAUCGCUCAGGACACUUGUCAAAUGAGAAAUAUUUUAUCACGAUAUCAAGCAACAAUUCAGUGAUGUCAAUGAAUAAUCAAUCACACGUUAAAGAAACGUCACCAGUGUUUUACCAAUUUCUAGAUUGCGUUUAUCAAUUGUUGUGUCAAUUUCCAGAUAGGUUUGAGUUCAAUGAGAAGUUUCUGAUUGAAAUGCAUUAUCACGUGUAUUCAUGUCAGUUUGGAACGUUUUUGUUUAAUUCGGAAAAGGAACGUGUACAAUAUAAUGUGGAGGCAUGCACAAAUUCGUUGUGGGAUUAUAUAAACUCAAAAGUAGAAGAUUUUACUAAUGAAUUAUAUGAUGGAGGAGCCAAGGAUAAGGAAAAGAUGGGGAAUGGAGCAGUACUGUUUCCCAGGACAAAAACAAGUGAUUUGAAAUAUUGGGCCGGGUUGUUUGGUAAGAAGGACGAGGAGUUGAAUGGCAAUACUGACGAUACUUGGGAUGAUUGGUUGACAUUGAGAUCUGAGAGCCCGAUACCUCGUCAACCAUCUCCUCCGACCGUAACGAGCGAGGAGUUGAGUGCACAUGAAGAUAAUGGAGACUGGCUAAUUAUUUGA